UGGGGGCGGGGCCUCGCCCCCGCAGGCGGGAAGGGGGAAGCGCCGGGACUCCCGGUUGGGAAUGAGCCUGGCCUCGGCGGCGGCGGCGGCGGCGGCGGCGGCAGCGGCGGAACCCGAGCCGGCCAUGGCGGUGUGGACGAGGGCCACCAAAGCGGGGCUGGUGGAGCUGCUGCUGCGGGAGCGCUGGGUGCGGGUGGUGGCCGAGCUGAGCGGCGAGAGCCUGAGCCUGACCGGGGACGCGGCGGCCGAGACGGACCCUCCGCUGGGGCCGGUGCUGGCCGCCUUCAACGGCCUCCCCAACGGCGGCGGGGGCAGCGGCAGCGGCGGGGACUCGUUGCCCGGCAGCCCGAGCCGCGGCCUGGGCCCGCCCAGCCCGCCCGGGGCCGCGGCCGCGGCCGGGGGCUCCCCGCCCGUGCGGCGCGUGCGGGUGGUGAAGCAGGAGGCGGGCGGCCUGGGCAUCAGCAUCAAGGGCGGCCGCGAGAACCGGAUGCCGAUCCUCAUCUCUAAGAUCUUCCCUGGGCUGGCGGCCGACCAGAGUCGGGCGCUGCGGCUGGGCGACGCCAUCCUGUCGGUGAACGGCACCGACCUGCGCCAGGCCACCCAUGACCAGGCCGUGCAGGCGCUGAAGCGAGCCGGCAAGGAGGUGCUGCUGGAGGUCAAGUUCAUUCGGGAAGUGACCCCAUAUAUCAAGAAGCCGUCGUUGGUAUCCGAUCUGCCCUGGGAAGGGGUUACCCCCCAGUCACCAAGCUUUAGUGGCAGCGAGGACUCGGGCUCCCCCAAACACCAACACGGCACCAAAGACAGGAAGGUCAUCCCUCUCAAAAUGUGUUUUGCUACCAGGAACCUGAGUAUGCCAGAUCUGGAGAACAGAUUGAUAGAACUCCAUUCUCCUGAUAGCAGAAAUACUUUGAUCCUUCGCUGCAAGGACACUGCAACCGCCCACUCGUGGUUCAUAGCCAUCCACACCAACAUCAUGGCUCUCCUGCCACAGGUGUUGGCUGAACUCAAUGCCAUGCUCGGUGCUACCUGUACAGCUGGAGGCAGCAAGGAAGUCAGACACAUUGCCUGGCUGGCAGAACAGGCAAAACUAGAUGGUGGAAGGCAGCAGUGGAGACCAGUCCUGAUGGCUGUGACAGAGAAAGAUUUACUGCUCUAUGACUACAUGCCGUGGACAAGGGAUGCCUGGGCAUCACCUUGUCAUAGCUACCCUCUUAUCGCCACCCGGUUAGUACACUCGGGCUCGGGAUGUAGGUCACCGUCCAUUGGAUCAGACCUCACAUUUGCCACCAGGACGGGCUCCCGUCAGGGCAUCGAGAUGCAUGUGUUCAGGGCAGAGACGCAUCGGGACCUGUCGACUUGGACCCGGGUACUUGUACAAGGGUGUCACACUGCAGCCGAACUGAUCAAGGAGGUUUCACUAGGUUGCAUAAUGAAUGGUCAGGAAGUGCGACUCACAGUGCAUUAUGAGAAUGGAUUCACAAUCUCCCGAGAAGGAGGAGGCCCUGGCAGCGUGUUAUAUCGAUACCCCUUUGAAAAGUUAAAAAUGUCUGCUGAUGAUGGUAUCAGAAAUCUGUACUUGGAUUUUGGUGGUCCUGAGGGAGAACUGACCAUGGACCUGCACUCAUGCCCCAAGCCAAUUGUUUUUGUGGUGCACACCUUCUUGUCAGCCAAAGUCACGCGCAUGGGCCUGCUGGUGUGAGCCCAAGGCCGCUGAGCUCUGAGCAUCACAAGGAGCGCCUCCACCUCCGAAGAAAACAAUUAAGCACAAAAGAAAGCUGCUUCUUUGCUCUCUCCUACAGCAUCAGUGCCUUGACAAGGACCUGCAAUCACUGCUAACCCAAAACCGUGUUCAAAGAACAUCCCAUGAGGACGAGCCACCACAUGCAGGAAUUCCGGCGUUCUCCCUGAGGUCCCUCCCUGGUUAGGGAUGGGGAGGCGUGACUUCCAUGACUGUAGAAUGAUGAGCUAUUUUCUGUAUAUUCUCUGUGUUCAUCAUCUGUUUGUGUUUGUCUCUCUUCUCCCAUGAUGGGGUGGGGUCGUGGUUCUUCUUUCCAAAUACGAGCAAACAGUAGAGAGACAUUUCCCUUGUUCCUGAGUUCAUGGGCUUGAUUUGGUGCCCAUCCUCACACCCGACAUCCAUGCUGGACAACUCUCCCCACCCAUUCUUUGCAAGCAGGCUGUUUGCUUUGCGGCCAUUUCAGGGGCUUCCUAAGCUUUGGCAGGAGUUUGCCAUCUCCUUCUGUCGUGUGAAGCCUCAGUUGCGGGCCCCAUGGGUGUCCCUCUCUCUGUCAUGAUACUAUUGCUACAUCCCCACCACGGCCAUCGUCACCCAAUUUACCAAGUUUUAUCCCUCAAGAGUGUUUACUUUAUAGCAUAAAACUUGUAAAAUGUUGGUUUAGUUCACCACAUAUUUUUAACCAGCACCUAGCAGAAAGAAUAUUGGAGACCAGGGUAUUACAAGGAAAUAUCUACUCAUUUCAGUUUGGGUUUUUUUUUUCUCUAAUGUUUUUGGAAGGAAACAGAGGAUAUUAUGGUAUGAGACUGAUUUUACAAGAAAAUCUUUAUUUUAUACAAAGCCAUUUUUUAAUGGCUUGCCAAAUGUGCCUUUGGUCAAGAUGGGUCAGAUGUAGGUGAAUAUCACAAGCUCCAUUAAAGGAAGGUCAUCUCAGUUCUGAAGAAUGCUUCAUUAAGGUGAGCUUCCAUAGCUGCAUUUUUAGCAGCUGGCAAAGCUCCUAUAGAGAAGACAAACCUGGAAGAGUUGCCAUCCUGUUUCAAGAGUGAACUUUGGAGGAAUGAUCUGCCCCUUUGCACAAAUGCUAUCAGCAAUCCCUUAGGGCCAUCUGAUCCCAAUGCAGGCUCUGCGAUAUAUGGGCUGGUUUAUCCCCCACAACGUGAUAGGGAAAAAAAUUAUUCAUCCUUAGCAAUGUCAAGACCCAGUGAGGCUCUAGAACAGCCCUCUGGCAUUCUUGAAGUAUUCUUGACAUUACUCCAAAGAAAUGGAACAAACAAGGUUGUUGGGUUUCUGGCAUUGUAAAUCCUUCCCUUCCCCUAAUCUUAACAGGGCUACGUUUAUGAAAAAUGGUUAAAAAUAAGAGUAUGAAUGCCAUUUGAGUUAUAACAGUCAUCCUGAAUCUGAAAGGAAGGCAGCAGCGAAGCCUUACAACUGGCCUGGAUGUUGACUCUGGCAGACUGGCUGAAAUUCAGAAAGGGGCAGGUGUGCGAUCAGAGAGCCAGGCCAGCAGGGGUCUCAUUGGAAGGCUCCCUCCUUUCAUCAGGGAAGUGCUGGAGGGCUGGGCAUCCCAUGAAGGAUCCCUGUAGUCAGCAUUUCUGAAAUGGUGAUGAAGACUGGGUACAUGGUAGAGCAGUGCUAGUGGUUGCCUCUUGAGCAAGCACAGGCCAGCUCUCCCCGCCCCUUCCCCCCCCCCCCGGACCGCUGCUCUGCCCCUUUCCAUGAGCUGCCUGUGCUCUUGCAUAAUUCUCAUGUGAUCAGGAUGAGGAAGGUGCCCUUCUUCUCCUGUCCCAGAUCCAUGGAAUUUCUGAAAACUAGACCUAAGUUGUCCCCCCUACUUGAACUGCAAAGAUACAAAUCCAAAGGCAAAACAGAGUUACUUAUAGAAUUUGUUAUUUUCAAAAUCCAUAGACUCAUCUAAAAUUGGAACUUACAGAUUAAUUGGUCUUUUAAAUAUCUUUUUCAUCUCAAAUCCAAUAUGAAUUUUGAUAGUAAAAGUUUUAGUGGCUGGGAGCAGCCAACAAGACCCAAGGAUUUUUUUUAAAUGAAUGCCUUGAAGCCCAGGUUGUGUCUUAAAGCAGAAUUCCAGCACUGGCUGCGGUCAAAUCUAGGAGCUCUGUCAAAUCUCUGCACAAUCCAAACAUCAUUACGUUGGACUGCUGUUUUCCAAGGUGAACAAAAGUUUAACUCUGCAGACUGAAAUUUCCCCAACAACAUCCUUAGAUUCCUGCUUUGCUGUGGAUAUUUUUAUAUAUUCUUGUUUUGGGGGAGAAAAAAGAAAAGCCUGAGCCAACAAGAAAUAUAAUCAUGGGAAUGUCUGGAAACCAUUCUAUUCAUCCUUCUUCACAAGAAGAUUUUGUACGGGGUAAAAUGUAAGUGAGAACAAGAGAAGCCAACCCUCGUCUGUCCUUCCUAACCUGGGAUCAGAUUGUGGAUUUCAUUUCCCCCGGUUUGGGCUGCUCAGGCAUAAAAGCAUCAAAGACCUAAGGGUCUUGAUUAGAUCUUUGCACCUUGAAAGAGAAACAAAAUGGAAGGGAAUAGAAGCCCACCCACAAGACCCCAGCCUCUCUGGGAAGCCUUCAGACUGUACCUGGUAGACCCUCUUGGAGUCAUCCGAUCACGGGUGGCCAGGGUACACUUGGUGAGAUCCCUAUCCCACAAAUGGAGUGUUUUAUGAAGGGACAGUUUGGAUAAAUGGGUUUCCAAUUAAGCUCACCGAAUAUGGCAGAUUGUUUGAAAAGACGGCAUUGUUGCCUUUCUGCCUCUGACCACCGGCCUGGCAGCUUUUGGUCCCCUUCUCAUUUUUGAUGAGAAGACUUGUGAAAGUGCUCGGUGCUCUCCAUGGGUGGAGCUUAAAGGGAACCACUGGGCAGCGGUAUUUCUUGUUCACACUCCUAUGCAACCGAGGUGGGGGGACUGGAGAUGUUCUGUUCCAUACCCCUCUCCCCAACAUUCAUGCGAUUGAGUUCAUAAGCCACUGGUCGGUGAGAGAGAGCCUGCUCUUUUCUGCCUGUGACCCUUUCUUUUCUCUUUUUCCUCCAUUCCCCUCUGUCCUCACCCUGGCAUAUGAUAAAGAAAAAAAACUGAAAGGUAGGAAUAGCUAUCUUUUUGUAAAAGGAAACCUUUCCUUGCAAGGUCAAAAACUAGAACUCGACCUGCAAAUUACUUUAAAAUCUAGCAUUAUAUAGAUAAGUAUUUUUCUUUCAUGUGUGUUUAUGCAGUUAUUUAUUAGAAUAAUUAUAAUUGUAAUUAUAUGUAACUAUCCAGUAGACCCCAGAAAUGUGAGGUAUACUGGCUAUGUGCACAUAUUCAGAAUUUUAUUCUAAAGGCCAUUCAAGUCUUCAAAAGCCAUCUUUGAGCACUUUUUAAACAAGGGAUAUCUUAUCGGUUCAUAUUAUCCGUUCAUAUUAUCUGCACUCUCAAUAACUUUACAAUUCCAAAAACUGACUGCAUAGGCAGGAAGUAGAGCUAUGGAAUUCCUUGUUUGUUACAUUUCUAUUAAAAAAAACACAACUUGUACUUUAAAUAGCAAAUAGUUAAAGCUGUUACUGCUAUUCAUGUCUCAAAAUUAACUCUGUAAAGGUAUAUGCUAGUAGCAAAAUCUUGCUUGCUAUUUAAAUUUGCACUUAGCUGCCAACUCCUAAGUUUUCCUCAGUUUUUUUUAAAAUAAAAAUCCAUGUGGAGAAUUAAUAAGGUCAUGUUUCUCCCAGAAAAAUAGCUUUUGCUAUAAAUGGUUUUCAAUGACAAGGAGGUGUGACUACAUUUGAGAAAAGGUCUGAUGGAUUUUUUUUUCUCAAAAAACCCUUCAGAUACUAGGGUAUAAUUUAUAUGCAUGUUAUAUUAGUAUAUUUCAAAAACAAAAAUGAGACUGUCCCUGUCCAUGUUUUUUCUUUCACCUACAAACCACCUUGUAAGCUGCUAUGCAAAUUAUCUUCAAAGCCCUACCUGCUUAAAGGGUUAAUUAAACAUUCUUUAGGCUCUGGGGAAGACAUGUAGACUUUCGCACUUUUCUCUGUUUUAUUUUUAUUAUUCUUAGCUCUGACACUUAAACUGAAUUAUGUUAAUGUCUUAAUUUUGGUGGCUAUAAACUAUUGAUUUUAAAUAACAUUUAAACUGAACAGUGUUGCUGCCAAAGUUAAAUGAAAUUACAGUUGAUCUGUCAAGUAGGAAGGCCAAAGGUUGCUAUUGAAUUCUGUAUUAUUAAAUGAAAAGUUAAAUGCCAAAACUCUUUGGUUCUGAAGCUGCUUGCAUCGGAGAAAUUCUAAUUUCUAUAAAAUGAGGACUUCUUUUAGACCUUAGAACUUUGUUUAAACUAUAUUUUAGGUUAAACAUGACCCACUGCCCUACUGCAGAUUGCUUUUUGGCAAGACCUCAUAUGCAGUCAGUGAAGUCUGUAGUAUUUUUCAGUUAAAUUUAGAUUAUUUUUGUCUCCUCCGCCAUCCCCACCCCAGUAUAGGAAGUAUAAGAACUCAUUAUUUGAUGCCCCAUUUUAGUAAGCGCCAUCUUUUACUUGGUAACCUAGGCACAUCAACGUUUAACUUCUGUUGAAUGGUUUAAGAUGCUAAUAUGCUUUUAAAAACCACACAGUUCAUAAAAAUCAAUGUUGCUGGGCUCUUACCCAGCACUUGGUAAAUACUUAUGAGUUGAUAAAUAUGUCUGAAAUGAUUACGCUACCACCUUAACCAUUUGAUUCUGUAAGGGUCCUUAUAAGUGAUGCAUGAAUUUGAAUGACUUGUCCUAACAAUGUUAGAGAUUUAUUUUAUGUAGAAAAUGUGUUAGAGUAGCUACUCUGAAGCCCUUCCUACCAAAGCUAAGUUUGGCUUUUGCUACGGGUGAUGCAGGUUCAGUUGCUUAAGUGAGUCUGGGCCCAUAUUGCAAAAUCUGAGUUGAAGGGGCUCCUCCCGCACCCAGCUUUGGCCAUACCUGACCAAGAAUCCCCUCUGCAACACCCCCAACAAGUGGUCAUCCUGUCUUUGCCUGAGAACCUUUCAGUGAGUAGAACCUACUGCCCCCUCAAGCAGCCCACUGUACUUACGGAUGGUUGCAAUUGUCAGAAAGUUUUAUCUCAUUAAGCCGAAAUCUGCCUCUUUGCAAAUUUUACCUCUUGUUUCUUGUUCUCCCUUUUGGGGCCAUGCAGAACCAGUCUGUUCUUUCCAUGAGAAAGCCCUUCUUCAGAUAUUGAAAGUUAACUAUACGAUUUCCCCUACGUCUUUUCCUUUCCAGGCUGAAUUUUUUCAGUUCCUUCACAGAUUCUCUUAUAGCACAAUCUCAAGGCCCAUCAUCAUCCCAGACGUUCUCCCCUUUAUCGGUGUCACCCACAGCCGACUGGUCCUCAUGUAGUCUGAUGGAGGUAGGGUACGGGAGGCCCUUCUUCCUCACUCUUGCCCUCCCGCCUCUCCCAAUGCAGCCUAAGAUCAUGUCACUGGUAUUACGGCUGCUGUAUCACAGGGGUGUCCACUCCCACUGGGCUUCUAUAAAGUCUGCUAAAUUUCCCCAGGUCUUUUUUCAAACAUUGCUCUCUAACCAAGCUUUCCCCAUUUUAUACUUUUGAAGCUGAUUUUUUUGAACUCAAGUGAGACCCCUUAUUCUUAUUAGCAAGAAUUAUUUAUAUGCUUUAGUUUUUAAGGAAUAUUUUUAGAUGUGAUGGGUUUUAUUUCAAACUUGGUGAAAUUUAACUUCAGUGUCUGGUAAUCUCUCCAACAGUGCCCUACCUUGCUUAUGAACUUCUCCAGUGGCAGAACUUGAAGUAUUUUUUUCUCAUUUUCCAGCACUCCUGCUUUUGAUGUCAUGGUUCUAUGUGCCUUUUUUACAGAUAACAUCUGGUGCUUGCUGUCUAAAGAACUUAGUUACCAGUAAUGUAACAUAUUAAACAUAACUCAACUUGCCUAAAAAUGUGUUGGCUAAAACUAGAUAUAGCUUAUGCUGUAGUGAGAAAGGACAUUCAUUCACCGAGCAUUUAAGUGCCUACGAUUCCCAGUACUGCAUUUGGUGCUUUGGGGCUUUCAAAAGAAGCCAGACUUGUUGGCAAAUCUAGUUCAUGCCCAACUAAAUCAUGCCUUCUCUUACACAGUAGGUUUUAAGGACUUCAUCUCAGAUUUUUACCAAAGUGUUUUCCCAUUUUUACUAAUUGGGUAUGCUGGCAAACCGUACAAAAAGGCCUGAAGUGAUACUUGGGCUUUGAGAAAAGGCUGUCUAUCCCAUGAAAAUGAGGGUGAUAGUCUGAGCACUUUACAGGAAAUCUCAUAUUACAUUAAUUAUGCAGGAGGGAAAAACCUGCAGGAAUUGCCUCAGGGGGAAGGUAGUGAAUUCCCAUUCCAUGGUAGACUUGGAGGAGAAGUAGAACCACUCUUAGGAGUCUUUGGAGAGGAAAUUCAGGACUUGGAGAGGGAUUGGCUUAGGUGUUUUGGGGUUCCUUCCAACUCUAAGAUAGCAUAAAUUGGUUUUUUCUUUCCCACCAGAAGAAGGAAGGAAAGGCUUGAUGUGACAUGUCGUGGAAUUUCAUCUCCUAAAUAAGAUGCGGCCAAACAAAGCAAGCUCUGUUCUGAGUGAAGAAUGGAAGACAGAAGAGAUGGGGAGAGAGAAGAGGAGAUUCCUUCAAUGACACAGAGCAGAAUUAAAUAGGAUUACUCUUUGUUCCACCCAUCAACUUUUUUCUAAAUGGUGCUGUUACAUAAAUUCCCAGACUGACAUCCCUCUCAAUAGCUCCUUAUUUGCAUAGUAAAAUGCUUCCUUAGUGAUUGGUCAAAAUGAAGACAUUGGGAACCUCAGAGAAAUAUCCUUUUUUUCUUUCUUUUUUUUUUUUAAGCAACUACUGGAGACGUGGUCCCAGAACAUGGAAUGUACUUGAGAAAAGAGAGAAGAAAUUUUUUAAUUUAUCAAAAAAUUUUCAUCCAACCAAAGCCCUUUUCUGUACAAAAUGCCUUAUUGAGUUAAAAAUAGGUUUUUCCUCAGACCUCACAACAUAGAUCAAGUUUUUAAAUGGAUGAGCCUCAGGUGUAUUCAGAAAACGUAUUCAUCUUCUUGGUAUAGCGUGUAAAAGUCACAUUGGCCCUUAACUAACCCUUUGUUUUCAGAUAUGCUAGGACUGUACGUGAAAAUUGGUCUUUGCUUCAGUGUCUUGUUCCUUUCAUUAGACACGCCCUUGGAGAUCCUGACGUUCUCCGUUAUAUGUAAUUGGGAUCUCUAUAUUUAGGUAUCUGCAGUCCAUAGCUUGGGAAAUGUCAUUUAUCCAUUUUUUUGCUUAAGUGGAUUCAGUUACACUUUUCAUCUUUAUGUAGUUACCCUAUUAGAAGGCAGGAAUAUGGAUAGCUUAAAACUGUAUUUCCUAUUUAGCAUCACCACUCACUCAUAGCUGUUGCUUCCCUUAGCAAAUCUGCCCUUUGGAAAGAGCCAUUUUAGAAUUUCUUGCUGUAACAAAUGGCACCGGUGUUAUGUUUACACAGUGAAUACAGCAUGACAAGUAACAGCUAUUCCUUUUGGUACCAUCGACCCCAAAGAUUUGGUGAAAUAACCUGUGUAAAAUCACUACCCAAAAUGGCCCAUUUUGACUGACAUCUGUGAAAAUUCUGGCUCCCCUCCCCCUUUUUUCCCUCCCUCCUCCUUUCCCUUCUCCCUCUCUUCACCCCAUUCCCCUCUCUCUCACAUAUUGUUCCUGGUGAUUUUUAAAUAUUGAGACUAAGGAGAUUGUAAUAAUACUGCUAGAUAGAAUCAAAAGUAUAUCCUGUAUUCAAAUAAGACUUCUUUCCUCUUAUCUUGGAUCUUCUGGCUGAUCUAGGCUACCAAAUCAAAAUAUUCAUGUAAAACAGGGCAGUAUUGUUUUCUUAACAGUCAAUCCCAGGAAAGCUUUAUAUGUACACUAUAAAUAUGGAUACAUAGACAACACUUUCCUUGAGUUGCAUAUUAACUAUAGCAUUGUACAUUACAAUGAAAAUGUGUGACCUAAGGGCAAUAUAUAUAAGUACAUAUAUACCUUUGUAACCUUUAUAUUGUAAAUAAUAAAAAGUUUUGCUUUUAGA